CGUCACCUUGGCAUCUUUCUUCUAGCCAUUAUCUCCUCUGCUGAAAAAGAUAAGCAUAUUGCUAUCCCAGUUCUCCCGCCAUGGAUUCCAGCUCCACCGAAGUAGCCCACGACUUCUCCCCCAUGCUCAAAGUCUACAAAGAUGGUCGCGUUGAGAGACUCGCAGGCACCGACUUCGCUCCGCCGUCCCUCGACGACCCGCAAACUAACGUCCGAUCUCACGACGUUGUCAUCUCCCAAGAAGCCCCCAUCUUGGCAAGGCUUUUUGCUCCCAGAACCAUCGAUCCCCACAAGAAGCUUCCUCUCCUGGUCUACUUCCAUGGUGGAGGCUUUGUCAUUGAAACCCCCUUCACCGCACAGUACCAUAACUACCUCAACUCGGUCGUGUCGGCCGCCAACGUCGUCGCCGUCUCCGUCGAUUACAGAAGAGCCCCCGAACAUCCAGUUCCAACUGCCUUUGAAGACUCAUGGACGUCGCUGAAAUGGGUCGCAUCCCAUUCCGGCGGGAACGGAUCCGAGGAGUUACUCAACCGUCACGUCGAUUUCGAUAAGGCAUUCUUCGCCGGAGACAGCGCAGGAGCGACCAUCGCACACCACAUGGCCAUUCGCGUAGGCACGGAAGGAUUACCAGGCAUGAAUCUGGAAGGGAUCGUCCUGGCUCAUCCAUUCUUCUGGGGAGUGGAACCAAUAGGGUCAGAGAAGACCCGAGCGAGGGAGAGAUCAAUCGGGGAUAAUAUAUGGCGCUUUGCGUGCCCGACGACGGAAGGAUCGGACGACCCGAUGAUUAACCCUGCGAAGGAUCCGAAUGUGGGACGCUUGGGUUGCAGAAAGAUACUGGUGUGUGUUGCAGAGAAGGAUUUGUUGAAGGAGAGAGGUUGUUAUUACAAGGAAGUGGUGGAGAAGAGCGGGUGGAAGGGCGUGGUGGAGGUAAUGGAAGCCAAAGACGAAGGUCAUGUGUUUCAUCUGUUCACUCCAACCUGCAACAAUGCUGUCGCCAUGCUCAACACUAUCGUCUCCUUCAUGAAUCAGAGUUAAAAGUUAAGAAGGAUGAUGACGACGACGAUGCAGUUUCUGGGAUUUUUCUUUUCCUUCUUCUUCCUUUCUUCUUUCUUUUGCCUAGCUCAUACAUGUGCUUGACUUCGAUGGAAGAUCGACUGGGUUCAAGAAAGAUCAGAUCUAGCAUAAGUGGUGAUCAGCUUCUAUGAAGAAUUGGAUUGUUCGCUUCCCAAGAGUUCAUAUCAACCUGUACUGUGUGCUUAAUUGUUUCUUCCCUUUCUGUUUCUGGUAGGAUUCAUGUAAUUAAUGAACUUGCUGAGAAAAAUAAGAUGUUGGUCAUUUUUAAAA